CAAGCAGGAAGCUGCAAGCUGUGGAAAGGUUUCUCUUUCCACUUACUGCAAGCUUGGUUCCUGAGACAGAAGCUGCACUUGGUGCUAGUCUUUGUGUAGACUCUUCAUACAGACUGUGAAAUGGCCAUGAGAACUCGUUUGACAUGGUUGCAAGAAAAGUGUCUGCAAAGAUAUUUUGGAGAAAAACGGUUUUGUCUUCUUUAUAAGGCGAGUGUGCAGAAGUUCUCAGAGCAGGAUUUGUUCUCAAACUGUCAGGAUCAAGGUCCUACCAUGAUAUUGCUUUAUAGCAAAAACUGUGUUAUUGGCGUGUACCUGCAAUAUGGCUUCAGGAAAACAUAUGUUUCUACCACAUUUUUUGCACUCCAAAACACUGAAUUUUCACAAUAUGCAAGAGGAAGAUAUUUACCAGCUUCAUUGUUCUGUGAUGGAAGUGAUUUCCUUAUACUGUUAAGUGAGCGAACUGUGACUAUAAGUUCCGAGAUUUGUCAAAAGCUCAGAUUGCUGCCUCCUCAACAGUCUACCAUGUCUAUUCAGGAGUGUGAAGCUUUUCGAUGUGAAGAGUUAUUGGAUGAGAGAAAGACAAGUGGCAUUGUUCUGUUACGGAGUAAUUUAUUGGAGGACCUGAGUACCUAUAAGCCGUAUGGAGACCUGGUUCAUCAAACACGAAUUCUGUUGCUGGGUCCUAUUGGAGCAGGGAAGUCCAGCUUUGUCAACUCAGUCAGGUCUGUUUUCAGGGGCAGGACCAUGCACCAGGCCUUGGUGGGCUGUGAGAUAAAUGGAACGUCUGACAAGUAUAGGACAUAUUCUAUCAUGUCCAAGAAUGUUAGUGGCUCUCUGCCAUUUCUGCUGUGUGACUCACUGGGGCUGAGUCAGGGCGCUGGCUUACAUAUAGAUGAUAUACGUUGCAUCUUAAAUGGCCAUACUCCUGAUAGAUACCAGUUUGAUCCCAUGAAACCAAUCACAUCAAACCACCCAAACUACAUUCAUGACCCAUCACUGAAGGAUAAAAUUCAUUGUGUGGUGUUUGUGUUUGAUGUCAAUUCUGUUGAACAGCUCUCUCAUGGGCUGGUGGCAAAGAUCAAAGAGAUUCGGAAGGAGUUGAUGAAAUGUGGCAUUCUGCAUUUGGCGUUGCUUACGCAUGUGGAUAGCCUGGAAUUGAUUACAAAAGGAGACCUGAUAGACAUAUACAACUGUAAUCCUGUGAAGCUCAAGCUAGAAGCAGUCCAGAGAGCAUUUGGCUUUGAGUUUUCUGACAUCUUGGUGGUUAGCAAUUACAUCUCUGAAUGGGAGCUGGACCCUGUGAAAGACAUACUGAUCCUCCGGGCACUGAAAGAGAUCCUGUAUACUGCAAAUGAAUUCUUAGAGGAUUUUCCUUUGAACAAAAAGUAGACUAGUGAUUGUGGAGCUGGAAGGUAUCAUCAACUUGGCUAAUUGCUGUCUGGGUCUGUUGUUUUCCUGGUAGGUCUGCCUAUUUGGGCUAUUGGCAUGUGCAUAGUCCUCACCUUUAACACAAUGACUGAAAAUAUUUUUCUCUGCCUAUUUCCUUCCUUCCUCCUU